AUACAAUCAAAAUCAAAGAAUUUUCAAUUUUUAAGGUUAGGGUUUUCCAACGAUGGCUGAGGAGAGAUCGACCGGAGUCGUGAAGUGGUUCAAUGACACCAAGGGCUUCGGCUUUAUCACUCCUGAUAACAACACCGAAGAUCUGUUCGUCCACCAAUCGUCGAUCAAAUCCGACGGCUUCCGCACCGUCGCCGAGGGCGAUACUGUUGAGUUUCUCAUCGCCGUCGGCGAUGACGGGAAGAUGAAGGCUGUCGAUGUGACCGGCCCGAACGGCGCGCCUCUGCCGGGGAAGAAGGAGAGCUUCGGCCGGUCCGGCGGCCGUGGCGGUGGGAGAGAUUCUGCUGGAUUUGGCGGUGCGUGGAGAGGUGAAGAUCGCCGCAACGGUGGCGGCGGCGGCGGCGGCGGGUGUUAUAAUUGUGGCGAUACCGGACACAGAGCUAGGGAUUGUGAUCGUGGUGGUAACGGCGGCGGAGGCCGUGGUGGUGAUGGAUGCUUUACUUGCGGAGGGUUUGGUCACAUGGCCAGGAACUGUCCUUCUGGGAGCGGCGGCGGUGGCCGUGGUGGUGAUGGCUGCUACAAGUGUGGUGAUCUGGGCCAUAUGGCAAGAGACUGUUUCAAUGGAGGAUCCGGUGGUGGAGGCGGCGGCGGCGGCGCAUGUUUUACUUGUGGGGAGGCUGGUCACAUGGCUAGGGAUUGUGGCAGGGGAGGCGGUGGUGGUCGCGGUGGCGAUCGGUAUGGCUACAGUUCUGGAUCCGGUGGCCGCGGCGGUGGCUGUUACAACUGUGGGGAGGCUGGCCAUUUCGCCAAGGAGUGUCCAAAGUGAGAGUGCUAGUAAAUACUCUUUUAAGAGCUUUAAUUUUUCUGGGUUAAAUCCUUGGUAUUUAGUGUUGGUUCUCUUGUUUUCUUUUGCGCAUUGUGGGAUACAUAUGUUGUUUUGGCAAGGGGAUUUUGAUUUUCUGAUGAUGUGCCGCUGUUUGGCAAACAAAUUCGGCUAUAGGGUUAGGUGUUUUUAAUCCCAUUUGUUAUGGGUGACUCCUGGAUAAUUUUUUUUAAUUGAUCAGUGGUUUGAAGUUUGGAUUAUGGU